CAAAAACAAUAAAAAAAUAUCGUAGAUCUAAACAAAAACAAUCGAAACAGGCUUUACCUGUGGACUUGGAGUCUUGCAAUGGAAAGUGGAGGGCUGACCGAAGACUGCAAACUUGCGAACAUAUAGCGUUCACGGGUGGCGCACGACGCACGCUCGCGCGAGACAUUAAAAAGUUAAAUUUAUCUUUCGUUUCUAAAUUUUUAAUUUAAACCAACGUGUAUUUUUAGUAGUUUUAUUAAAUAAAAAUGGAGAAAUAUCAAGUUUUGAUCUUCUUAUUCAUCGCUUUAGUUGCGCCGACAUCUUCAAAUUCAAAUGUUUUUGGGGGUCACUGUUCGAAACAGGACGACGAUGUUGACGCGUGCUUGUUAAAAAGUUUUAAUAACCUCAUCGAACAUCUCAAGAGUGGAGCGCCCGAACUGGACAUCGAACAGUCGGAUUCAAUAGUAAUCGACGAAUUGUCGAUCGCUCUCGGCGGCGGCCCCGAUGGCUACAAAGCAACGUUCAAAGACAUCAACGCGAGCGGUGUUGAUGACGUCACAAUAACAAAUGUCAGGUCGGAUCUAGACACAUACCAGUUCCAGCUGACGCUAUCCAUACCCCACAUCAGCACAACAGCACGAUACCGCUCCUCGGGCAUUCUGCUACUCGUACGAGCCUCUGGCGGCGGGGACUACUGGGGAGAAUAUGAGAAUGUUAAAGCAAAAGUAUACUUCCGCGGCGAGCCGUACGAUCGUAAGGGCAAGACUUACCUGAAGCUGAAACAGCUGAAACUGGACUUCUCCGUCAAGGACAUCAAAAUGGGUGUUGAGAACUUACAAAAUAGCAACUCUGUGCUACAAGCAGCACUUAACCUGUUCAUAAAUACAAACGCUCAGGAGUUACUGAAGGAAAUGAAGCCCCAACUGAAGAGGGACCUCGCUGAGAAAAUGUCGGGAUUCCUAAACAGAAUCCUCGAGAAAAUACCCUACGACGACUGGAUUGUAGACUAAAUAAAAUCUUCAAGAUAUCCUCUAUUCUAAUUUUCUUAAUAUAAAGCAAUUUUUGGGUUAAAAUUGUUCACACUUCACAAAUAUGUUCAGUACAGUUUACGUUCAUGUAAUUGUAUUUAUGAUUAAUGAUUUUAGUUUUUUUUAAACUGUU